CUUUUUAUGCGCAUCGGAAAAGACGCGCUCACGUGGGUAACGAAUAAAUGGGUAUAUGUCUACGUAGCUGCGUCUAAUCGAUAACUCUACUGUUCACUUCCGUUUGUGCUUAGAGCUUCGUGAAGCUGUUCGGUCUGCAUGUGCGCUGCGACCUGCACGAGUUUGAGAAGUUUCCUGCCAGCCACGCUUGGCGUUGGAAGACAGCGGGACUCUGGCGGACACGUCUGCUGACCAAGGCUCAGUGCUGUGGAGUGAUUGUGUCCAUCAUGGAACGCUCGGAUCGAGGUGGCAUAUGUAUAUUUCAAGUCUUGGUCAUGCAUGGGCUCGCUGAUGUCUCAAUGCACGACAGUGGAGCUUCUGGUAGACGACGGUACGGAGCUCGUCAAGGCGGUAUUGUGGAGAGAGGGUGCCCAGGCUCAAGUGACUCUGGGAGAUCUCGUCCACGUGGAGGGAAAACUUAAUGUGGACAAGAGCUGGGACGCAGUUGAGCAGUCCCGAGAGCUCAGGAUCCUUCGGAUUUCAAAGGUAGAAGAUCCGAACGAAGAACUUCUCCAUUGGACUCAAGUGGUGGAGCUAGAACAGGCCUGUUAUUCUGCUGGAGAAAAGUCUUUUAGUGCAUCCGCUGGGGCCGGCAGCGACGCCCAAGGUGGAACUCACUGGGAGAACAUUGCCAGGGAGGCGUUUUUCCGUCUUACCAUUGACCCCAGUAGAAAGCAGGAGUUCCUAGGUCGACGCGACCGUGACCCUCACGGUGACAUGCUCCUGGAAACCCUAGAGUCUAUCCUUAACAAGCAAAAGACAAGUAGCACCACAGAAGCGGCUGAUGUCGUUUUCAGCGACCUCAUGGCUAGAGAGGAUUACGAUGCUGUCACGAACGGCAAUAACGGAGCAGUCAACAAGAAGCUCAGGAUUCGCGCAUUGCAGUAUGUUUUCAGGACGCUACGUCGAGCAGGGCUACUGUUCUUGGAAGACGACCAAGCUGAUCGUCAUAUUUUGCUGAGUUUUGAGGCUGUUUUGAAGCCGGCGCUUCUGCAGUUUCUUCGAGACCACCCGGGGGGCCUUUCUGUUCCAGAAAUCGCAGAUGCAAUAAUGAUCCAGGAGCGAUUCAAGUGUAUUCCACUGCAAUGGAUUGAGACCAGCCUCGGACAUCUUUUCACGUCUCAGUUAGUGGUCCAAAGGGACGAGUCGCACCUGUUCUUUCUCAAAUAAUGGAGACACACA